GUCUCAGUGCGCCGAGAGCAUUCUUCGGCUCUUCGGUUGUUCUUUUGCUCUCGUACUCUUUGAUUAUAAAUCAAAUAAAUUACGUUUGCAGACACUUUGCAUACUGUGCAGCGAUCAAAAAUGUGUUGCACGUAGUGUUGACUUGCUUAUAAAAAGAGCAAGUUUUUCUACGAUUAUAUAAAGUGCAUGAAACACCUACAAAUUACACAAUCAACAGUUGUUGAAUACGGGCAAAAACACUUAAGAGUGGAAGUUUGAUUAAUAAACAAUCGGAGUUGUACAACACAAUGAGUUUUAUUCAUCCCGAUGCCAGUCUAAUCUUGACUAAGUGCAAUCCCGAACGUGAAAUGGCAACGGCAAAGGAGGCUGAGGUGCGGGAGGAGGGGCUGCCGCACGAGUGUACUGCAACUGCCGCAAAAGCCAACCAAAAUCAAUAUAAACAGCUGGUAGUGCUGUCUCCGUCUCCGUUUCAGCCUCCAUCACAGUCUCCUACACGUGUCAGCAGCUCGCCACGCGACCGAGUAGAGAUCAAGAUUACGAUGCUUAAAGUGCAGGCUGAAUCACCACUACUGCCCCUGAGGGAGGAAGACGGGUCGACGCCCCGUCGAGCAAGCAAUCCACACAUAUCAGUAACCACUGUAAAGAAUAGAAACGAAACCGUUACUCCACACACGCCCAGUGCCACGCCCAACGAGUGCCGACGUCGCAGCUCGCUGACCAACUUUCCGCCAUCGCCAACGCUCCACAUCCAGGAAACUAGCGAACCCAACAACAACAACAGCAGCAAUAACAACAAUAACAACAACACCAAUAACAACGAGGAGGAGUUUUACACACAGACUCCAACGCAUAAGCAUACGCCGGAUUGCAAACAUUAUCCGUACGACACUUUUGCACGGCUCGAGGGCAAGUCAGAGAGGCCGAAUACGAAAAUGCAGAGCAAAGUGGAUGCAGUGGGCCGCAUUACCGGCCAUUGGGGCAAAUGGCAGCUGCGCACUGUGCUGCUAAUCUUUUUAUGCAAAAUACCCUCAUCAUGGUUCAUGGCAUGCAUUAUAUUUACGGCACCGGCACCACGGCACGGUGAAUUCUUUUGCAAGCCACCCACAGACUUGGGUGCACAGAAUCAGACGCAGUGGAUCAAAGUGUCGCAUCCGCAAAAGGAGGAGAAGGAGGAUCAGGAGUUUACCAUUGAUUUCUGCAAUGUGUACGAGGAUGCGCAGGAGCAUGCGCAUCACUACUACAAAUAUGAGGACAGCGCCAAGGAGCCGCGCGUCUGGGAGAAGCCACACAAUCGCUCCAAUUUGAUACCCUGCACAGAGUUCCAGCACGAGAGCAACUACCAAUCGGUGGUCACCCAAUACGAUUUGGUUUGCUCGCGCGACAUCCUCGUCUCGGUUACACAGUUCUUCCAUUUGUUUGGUGUACUCACCGGCGGCAUCCUGGCCAAUCAUUUGUUAAAAUACUUCAGUCCACGCAGCGUUAUGCUCUUUGGCAUGAUCACCCAAAUCUUUUGCGGCAAUCUAACGGGUCAUGUCGCCUCUUAUGAGCUGCAUGUAUUCUUCCGUUGCCUCUCUGCUGUCUGCUGCGCUCAAAUGUACACCGCCGGUGGCAUGAUAAUGUCGGACAUCACGGGCGGCAAAUAUCGCACAUGUGUCUCAACACUGUUCGAGCAAUUCUGGUCGAUUGGCGUUAUGAUGUUGCCGGGUGUGGCUAGUUUCUGGUCCAGUUGGUCGCACCUCUAUAUGGCCAUCUCCUGGCCCACAGUGAUACUCAUCUAUUUGUGGCAAUGGAUACCCGACUCGCCGCGCUGGAUGAUUGAUCGAGGACGUGUACAGGAUGCCAAAAAGAUAUUGCUCGAAUGCGCCGAAAUGAAUGGCACACGGCUCAGUCUUCCCCACGACAUUGAUCAGCAGCUGGAGUUGCAAGCACAAACAGCCAUGGAUGCCCCACCGCCCGCCGGUUGGUGGACCAUCUGGAAGGGUAAGAAGGCUGUGCGUCACAUAAUCUGUGUACAUCUCUCGUGGUCGCUAUACAUCAGCGUCUACUAUGGCUGUCUGCUGAACAUUCGCUCCUUCAGUCGCGAGCAUCUGUAUAUCAACACAUUUGUGGCUGGGUUCAGUGAGAUGAUUGGCACCUUUAUUGGACUGUAUCUGAUAAUGAAAACGACUCGUAAGUGGCUCUGGGCAGGCAUAUUUAAUAUACUGGCUGGCUUCUUUGCGUGGUGCUGUUGGCUGGUGCCGAAGCCGGGUGACGUUUCGCUGGAUGCGAAUGUUGCCAUGCUCAUGUGUACGGCUAUGAUCUCCAAAAUUGCCAUUUCCACAUCACUCUCCAUACUGACGACGAGCACCGUCGAACUGGUCGAUCCCGAGAAGCGCAAGAUUCUCGCCUUCUCGACGAUAUGCUGGGCUCGUUUCUGGCUGCUGGGUGCACCGUUCAUUGGUGCCUUGGUUGUCGUUGGCCAAUUGAUACCACAGACUUCCUACACCGCCCUCGCCAUCAUUGGCGGCAUCUGCAUGUGCUUGAUCAGUAGUCCGCGCACACAUCCCAUCUCCAGGCCGGCGUCGCCAGUAUCGCAUGUCGCCCAGAAUAUGGCCACACAAUUUACGGUUAUCGAGGGCAUGGACAAUAAGGGCUAUGAGCCUAGUUCGAACUCGAGUACCAUCUGUGCGACGAACAGUUUUAGAAAAAUGGCAUCACCACAAUCGAAUCUACCUCCACAACUAAUGCCGGGCAUUUGGACGACAAAGAUACAUGAGGACGGGCCCCCAAUGUGAUAUCUAUAUGCAAAGUGAGGUUAGGGCAACAGCAACAAACACAAAAAAAAAAACAAAUAGAAAAAGUAAAGUUAGAAUUAUUGAUUUGUGUAACAACAAAUCAAAACAGUUCAAUCUAGUUAUUUGAUACACUGUCUUCUUAUGUGCUAUAUAUAUACAUAUACACAGAUGUAACUAUCAGGUAUCUUCGAGAACCAAAAACUUUUGUAAUUGCACAUUAACAAAACAAAAAAAACUUUUGCUAUUUAAACUUCAAGCGCUAUUCGCUUUGAGCAGAGUUAUUCACAUGCCCCCAAUUUACAAAUGAACUCAACUGACAACCACAAAAAAAAAAGAAAUAUAGACAAACCUAAAAUGAAUGCUCAAAA